GAAACCUGUUUACUUUUGCUCAAUUCUUGUUCAUUGCCGGUGAAGGCCUGCUUUACAAUCUUGAUUUUUCUUCGUCCAUCCCACAACUUAGGAAACGGGGAGUUCCCUUAUAUCGCUGGUUUAUACAGGUGGCUAUGUUUUUUACGGUGUCAGUGUUGAAUAAUGUAGCAUUCGGAUAUAAGAUAUCCGUACCUUUACACAUUAUUUUUCGUAGUGGUGGACUAAUUGUCAGUAUGAUAUUGGGUUGGACAAUUAGAAAUAGAAGAUAUUCAAUAGAACAAGUUGUCGCAGUUGUGAUGGUCACUCUCGGUGUCAUUCUUGCAACUAUUAGUUCAUCUGACGUCGGUACGGAGGAGGUUACCACUGUUGGCACGCCAGAAUUCGUGAUUGGUAUCUCACUACUUUCAAUCACAUUAGUACUAUCAUGUUUUAUGGGUUUAUAUCAAGAACUUACAUAUGAGAAAUAUAAAAGUGAUUGGCGUGAAGGACUAUUCUACACGGGUCAAGUCAAAGUUUACAAUGAAACUACGUUGACACCACUGAACAAGAUAUUAUCUAUUCCUGACGGAUUUCAAAGUUUUUCAACUUGUUGUACUUUCCCAAGAGCAUGGACUUAUCUCAUCAUAAAUAUUCUUACUCAUGCGUUAACGUUAAAUCUUGUUUUGAAUAUUCGAAAAUUUACAUCUCUUGUUAUUUCAAUGUGGUUUUUUGAUAAUGAGCUUCGAUAUGGGGUUAUAGUUGGAGGCUUUUUAGUAUUUAUUGGAACCUUAUUAUAUUCUAUUGGUGCUAAUAAGUCUAAAGAAUCGAAAAUCAGUGAACAUUCAGAGAAA